AUGAUGCCGAGCACUUGCACCGUCCUGCGCGGGAUGCGUCUGGCUGCUAGCGCCCGGACUUGCGCAUUGCCGCCCUCGUCCUCGUCGACCUCGUCCGCCUCCGUCUUUGCACGUGCGUUCUCCCGCUCGGUGCUCGUCUCUGCCGAACCCAAGAAACCCUCUAUCAAAGCGAUCGCCGAGCUGCGAAAACUCGUUCCAGGAACCAGCAUGAUCAAGGCCAAGGAAGCCUUGCUCGCUUCUCGCCCCUCUUCUUCCCCCGAUGAAGACUCGAUCCCUCGUGCGCUCGAAUGGCUCGAAGCCGACCGCAAGAAGUCCGGUGCCAAGAAAGCCGACAAGGUCGCAGCCCGACAGGCGCGCGAAGGUGUCGUUGCUGUGACCGUGCUCACCGACGGCCUGCCUAGCUCGGUGGCGCUCCGAGGAGAGCUCAAGGAGGAAGCAAAGAGUGCCGGUAUUGGCGCGACCAGCGCUGCUUCUGGUGGAAUCGUCGAGGUCAACUGCGAGACCGACUUUGUCGCCAAGAACCAGGUCUUUGCUCAACUCGUCAAGGACAUCGUCCACACCGUUGCACUCUUCCCCACACUCACCACGGAGUCGACGUCGCAGGGCGGAUUCGUCGAUAUCCCCGUCGAGCAGCUUUUGGCCUUCCCGCUGCUGCCCAGCUCACCCGAGGCAAGUGGCUCGAGCGUGGUACCAAAGACCGUCGGCUCGGCCAUCAUUGACGUCGUCUCGCGUCUGGGUGAAAAGAUCUCGAUCGCUCGUGCUGCUGCCAUCCUCCCGCGCACCGUUCCUUCGCCAGAUGCUGCGCGAAGGUCAGCCGCUGGGACCGCACGCGGAGGCUCGAUCGUCGACCUAGCAUCCGCUUUUGCCCACGGUGGCUCCGCCGGGUUCGCUGCAGCAAAGGACGCCUCCAAGCCGGACUACGUACUGACGAGCGGCAAAGUCGCCUCGCUGCUCGUGACCCGCUUCGCCAGCCCGGCGUUGCCAGACGCACUCGCAGCCGCCGACGGCUCGAUCCAGUCCAACAUCCGCGCCCUCACCCGAAGCUUGGCCCGCCAGGUCGCGGGCCUCGAGACCAAAUCCAUCUCCGCUGGAGAAUCGACCGAACAGCAAGCCGGAGAGGUCAGCAGCGUGCUUUACCACCAGCCGUUUAUGAUGCUCCUGCCUGCCGCUGCUCCCAGUCCAGAGAGCAACUCACAGACGGUUCACGACGUCCUGUCCGCGUGGGCGAGCCACAACCAGCUUGAGGGUAACGGCGGCGAGGUGGUUCAGGUCGUCGACAUGCACCGUUGGGAGCUCGGCGAGACUGCUGCUCCGGUCGAGUCUUCUUCCGAAGGGUUCGCUGACGAGGUGCGAAAGGCUGCCGGACUCGCCUAA